AUGCGCGAAGCCCGACCGAAGACCAUAUCAGAGCAAUUUGCAAAGAUCGGCAGCAUCUGCAAUCGCACUCCAGAGAACCAAAGCUGCUUAGGUGGCGAGCGGUGGCAGCUCUUGCAGGGGACCAACUUCCUCCAUGCACAUGACAUUGGCCACAGAGACAUCUCGCUGGAGAAUGUCCUGGUCUCUUUUGACAGGGACCGGGACCAGUUCCAUCUUCGACUGAUGGAUUUCGGUGAGAACCCGCUCAGCCUGCAGGAGUGUGUUCCUGAGGCCUGGCGAACUGGACCCUGCCGGUACUUGUGCGCUGUCCUGCAACUGCUCAGGGAGGUUGUUUUCGUCGACAACCUCAAACGGGACGGGAGACCAGAUGGCUAUCGAAACGAGGUGCGGCUGCCACCGGAUGCGAUUCCUGGGCAGACCUGCCUCGCCGACACUUGGGGCUACGAGGCGCCACCGCUGGACGUGUUUGCCCUCGGCGUUUGCUUUUUCAUCCUUGCUUGGCAAGUGCCACCUUGGAGUCGAGCCCUGCCUCUAGACGCUACUUUCAUGUAUGUUCAGCAGCAUGGAAUUCCACCACUUCUGAACGCCUGGCAUAAGAGACACCUCUCGCCGGAGGCGAUGGAACUUGUGAAGGAUAUGGUUGCCGCCGACCCGCGCCAGAGGCCGUCAGUGCAGGAUUGUCUAGCAUCUGCGUGGUUAGUCCCACUGCGACAUGAUCCAGUGCCCACGCACCCUGCAGCGGCCACUGAGCACGGAGGUGCUGCUUCGUCAACUGUUCCUGCGGAUGAUAUGGUGACCGAAAUGGCUCGGAUGGACUUGGGCUGCGGACUCUUCGUGCUUGGAUCUCAGCUGAAGCGUUUCCUGUUGACUCUCCUGCAGAUUGCAUUGCUCUGGGAGUUUCGCAGUUUGGUCGACGAGCCGGGCGCCAAGCUGGAUGACAGCGACUUCCUGGACUUCGAGGUGGCCUUCUCCACGGCGAUGGAGGGCGAGACCUUGAAACUCAAGGUGACCUACGAAUUCUUGGCCAAUGUCCUGGAGCACGGAUCCAAGGAGCUCUUGGAGCAAGUCUGGGCUGGCCUCCCACUGCGCUUUGCACCUGUCUCCGCUUCGGAGCUUGAAGUGGUUCUGAACACGGCUGCCCUGGCGGAGAACCAGGACCUGGCGAGGCGCUGCGUGCAGCAGGUCGCCACCACCAGGAUCUGGCUGUUAGUCGGACCUUUGGUGGCGCCUUUGCGCUGGUUGCGCGAAGCUGUCGCGACUGGCGACAAGGCUGCCGCAGCUGCGCCGCAGAAUGCCCAGCAAGCACGCAAGGACGCCAUGGGACAGCCGCCGGCGCCGAUCGUCUUGCACGUGCGGCAACAAGAGACCUGCUGCAUUGUACCCAAGGAGGAUCGGAUUCUGGUGAUCUUGUCAAUCCACUUGGAGGACGAUGUCGAUGUGGCCUUAGGUAGAGCAUUUUGCCAGGAAUUUGCAGAGACCAACCGUAAAGGGGCCUCGGCUUUCCACGCGACUUGCUCCGGCUCGGAAAUGAAGCGGAUUGCAGUGCUCUCGGUGGCAUACCUGCUGGGUGCCGCGGCAAGCGAUGCUGCGCCGAAACAAUACCCAGUAACGAAGGUUGUCAACCUGCUCAAGGAUAUGCAGAAAAAGCUCGAGGAAGAAGCAGAAAAGGACGAAGAGGUUGACGAGAAGAUGAAGUGCUGGUGCAAGGAGACGGAGCAGUCGAAGGCAGAGAGCAUCACCAAGAUGCAGUCGGAGAUGGCCAACCUUGGCGGCCAAAUCGACACCUCCGCAGCAGACAGCCUCCGGCUCGUGUCGGAGCUGAAAGGUCACGAGGAGGACCUGGCCUCCAGCCAGACUUCGCUGGGUGCGGCCGAAGCUCAGCGAAAGAAGCAGCUGGCAAGCUACGAGGACGAAGUGAAGGAGAUGGAGGAGUCGCUCACUGGUGUGAGCGGUGCCUUGCACACUCUGAAGAACAAAGCUUCCUUCCUCUCAACCUCCGCAUCGGCUGCCAAGCAGGAUGCAUUGGAGCUAGUGAAGCAGCUCCAGCGGAAACAUUCGAACCUCUUGAUGGGUGUGGUGACGCCCCGGCAGAGGAAGCUAAUGCUCGCGAUGACCUCGAAGCGCCUCGACGUCGAUGCUUCGAUGGAGGGGAGCCCGGCGACAGGAGAGGUGGUUGGCGUGCUGUCGUCCAUGAAGGACACCUUCGAGCAGAAUCUGAACCGAACGCGGGCAGAGGAGGCAGAGAGCACGGAGACGUUCCAGGCUCUGCGCAAGGCGAAAGAGACUGAGAUCCACGCCACUGAGGAGGCCAUCGUGUCCAAAAAGUCUCAGAAAGCCGAAGCAGACAAGAAAAAGGCUUGGGCAGCCGAGACCCUGCAGGAUGCAAAGGCCAGCCUUCUCUCCGACCAGCAGUUCCUCCAGGACGCCAAGGAGAAGUGUGCGGCUCACGAGGCGGAGUACGCAGAGCGUGUGGCUGCACGCAACGAAGAGAUCACCGGCUGCUCGAAGGCCGUAGCCAUGCUCAGUGAUGACUCCGCACGAGACACAUUCAGCCGAACCUUCAAUGCUGGCGCCAUGUUUCUCCAAGUGGACGCCAGCAAAGAGCACCGGGUGGCUGCGAGCGAGACCCUGUCGGAGGCAGCCGCCACGUUGCACGACUCCAGGCUAGCGGCACUGGCGAGGAUGGUGCGCACCGACUCGCUGGAUGCGGUCAAGAAGGAAAUCGAUAAGCUGACGGCCCAGUUGAAGGAAGUGCAGAAGGACGAAGUGGAGAGCAAGGACUCCUGUGUCCAGCGCCUUCACGAGAACACUCUGGAUACUGAGCAGUCGACGGUAGCCAAGACUCAAAGCGGCAGCAAGCUGGCAGGCCUUCAGGACCUGGUAGCAACGAGCGAAACCUCGGCCAAGACGCUGUCGAUGGAGAUCGAAGACCUGAAGUCAGAGCUGAAGACGGCGAAGACCGACAUGGAGCUGAGGCAGAACGAGUCUCAUGCCAUGAUCGAGGACCAAGUCAGGACGCAGAGGCUACUGACUCGCGCAGCAGACGUGUUGCACGGCGUGUACGGCGCCAGCCUGCUGCAGGAGAAACCCGAAGGGUUCAAAGACUACCAGCGCCAAAGCGGCUCCGUGGGCAUCAUCUCCAUGCUCCACCAGAUCAUUGGGGAUGCCAAGAUCAUGGAGACAAAGGCGAGGGCAGACCUCAAUGCAUCCCUUGCUGACUAUCAGCGCUUCAAAGCGGAUGCAACGUCUGCAAUUGCCAAAAAGGAGCAGAGUUUGGUGGACCUCGCUGUGCAGAAGUCUGAAGCGAAGUCCGAUGCGCUUGAGAUGAAGAAGGAGGUCAAGAGGCUCAGUGAGGAGUUGGAUGACCUCUCGGCGACAAAGUCUGCACUCAAAGAGGAGUGUGACUUCCUCGUCACUAACUUCGAGUUGCGACAAGAUGCCCGCUCCCAGGAAAUUGAAGCUCUACACACGGCGAAAGCUGUGCUGAGUGGCAUGAAGACGGAUGGUGAAAUAGCAUAA